CUCUAGUAUCAGCUACGAUGACAGGUCGCGGUAAAGGAGGCAAGGGACUAGGAAAGGGGGGCGCCAAGAGGCAUCGCAAGGUUUUACGUGAUAACAUCCAGGGUAUCACCAAGCCCGCCAUUCGUCGGCUGGCUCGUCGUGGUGGCGUCAAGCGUAUUUCGGGUCUCAUUUAUGAAGAGACUCGCGGUGUGCUCAAAGUAUUCCUGGAAAAUGUCAUCCGUGAUGCCGUCACCUACACCGAGCAUGCUAAGAGGAAGACCGUCACUGCCAUGGAUGUCGUGUACGCUCUGAAGAGACAGGGCCGUACUCUCUACGGCUUCGGAGGUUAAAUAAAAUGGCCUUCAUUGAGUCCGCACCUGGAGACCGGUGCCGUGGACUCGGACCUUUUCAGGUCCACAAA